CUGCGUGACAAGUUGAAGACAAACGGUUAAGGAAUAUGAUUAAUGCUUUUAUUUGGUUCUUUUUGAGCUUGUGGCGUCUGUUUGACAUGACAGAUGCAGUGAAGUCAGUGUCAGUGAUGGAGGGGGAUUCUGUCACUCUAAACAAUGUCACUGAAACACAGAAAUAUUUGUACAUACAGUGGACGUUCGGAAGCACUCGAAUCGCUGAAGUCAGCAGACUCACACAAACUAGCUUGACGUAUGAUGGUCCUGAUGAGAAAUUCACUGACAGACUGAAACUGGAUCAAACCGGAUCUCUGACCAUCACAAACACCAGAACCUCAGACUCAGGACUUUAUAAAGUAACAGUUAUCAGCAAAGACACCAGCUACAUGAGUUUCAAUCUCACAGUCUAUGAGUCUGCUCAAAGUACUUCAUCAACAGAAAGAUCAUCAACAAGCUCCAAUUUAUGGUCGUCCAGCUGUGCUGUGAACAAUUCAACCGUCCUCCAGACUCAGGACGCCAACAUUACUGAUCUCUAUCAGCCAAGUUCAGACCACUGUUGUGGUUUCACUGAAGCUGUGACCCGAUUGGUCGUCUCGGCUCUGGUGGGCGUGGCUACUGUUGCUGUUCUGGUUUAUGACAUCCGAUCUACAAGACGAGCGCUGAUCAGAGAAGAAGAGACGGGACAUCACUGUCAGACUCCUGGAGUCGUAUCAGACCAACAGUGUGAAGUGAGCAGUGUGUUUAUGAUGUAAAUGUAUGCCUCAGACAUAACCCCCAUGGACCGUUGGCUGAACGUCUCUAAUGCAUGUGGCACAAAACUCAAGUGGUACUCACUGCAGUCGAAUGACAUCCAGCUCCACCUCUAUGGACAUCCAAUGGGGUGGAGGGAUAGAGUUGUGGUGGGGUUAGGGUGUGGUUAGGUAUUUGUUCUGCAGUGAGUAGUUCUUUAACGAUGCACCUGGAAAAACCAAACACUCUCACACGGACUAUGAGUGCUUAUCAGGAUCAACUAAAAAGUUACUUCCGAAACAAAACUAAA